CACCCGCGCCCGGGAGGCGGUGGCAGCGUGGCUGGUAAGGAGCGGGGGGGAGAAACCAUCCCGCCGCGGCCCGGGUCCCGGUGCCGCGUAGGCCGCGUUAGACCCCCCCCCCCCCCCGGGAGGGCCUGAGGCAGGAGCGUGCGCGGGGGCAAACGGGGAAAAAAAAAAACCAAACAAACUGCAGGGGUUGAGCUGAGGGACGUGGCCCGCCUGAAGCGCCGCCUUUCUGUGAUUAUGUUUAGAAGAAAGAAAGUUUCAACUGUGUACUUCUAUGGUGUCCAAGCUCAUCUACUGACACCUCCUUUGUAACUCCAUGAUACAACAGCUUCUGAGAGUAUCAGUUUGGUUACCGCAUCGUCUGGAUCCUCACUUCUGGGAAAAUGUGGACUUCUAAAAGUCUUUUUUGUGCUCAAAUACUGUUGCUUCAUUUGAAAGAAGGCAGACUGCGUAGUUGUACAUUUCCAAAAACUCAGCAGUAUUGGAUUGGAAUUCUAAACUAUUGCACCAUAGCAGCACCACAUAACAGAGUUAAAUUACAGGUUUCCAAGGUAAAUGAUAAACGAUCAGUAGUAGAUACAAGAAUGGUUGCUAGUGCAGAGGGAACUAAAAUAGCUGCUGGAAAAAGGCCCAGUGGAGUUUGUGAUGGAAGUCAACAUACAUUAGAAGCAAAAAUGAAACACAUCAAUCUGUCAUUUGCAGCUUGUGGUUUUCUGGGUAUUUACCACUUGGGGGCAGCAGCUGCUUUUUACAGGCAUGGUAAGAAGUUACUGAAAGUUGUGAAAGCUUUUGCGGGAGCUUCUGCGGGAUCACUGGCUGCCACUGUCUUAUUAGCGGUACCAGACAAUAUAGAGAAAUGUAAGCAGUUUGCCUAUGGAUUUGCAGAGGAAGUCAGAAAAUUGGACUUUGGUGCUGUAACGCCUGGUUAUGAUUUCAUGAAAACGCUUAGAGAAGGCAUAGAGUCUAUUCUUCCUUCUAAUGCUCAUGAGAUCGCUGAGAACCGGCUCUAUGUGUCAGUCACUAACACCAAAAAUGGGGAAAAUCACUUGGUUUCAAAUUUUGCCUCCAGGGAGGACCUCAUUAAGGUCCUGCUAGCAAGUAGUUUUGUACCAGUAUAUGCAGGAAUUAAGCCAGUGGAGUAUAAAGGAGAGAAGUGGGUUGAUGGUGGCCUUACCAAUGGCCUUCCUAUCUUGCCUGUUGGAAGAACUGUGACAAUUUCUCCUUUCAGUGGUCGAUUAGAUAUCUGUCCACAAGAUAAAGGACGUGUGGAUCUUUAUGUUAAAUUUGCAAAACAAGAUAUAAUGCUGUCUUUGGCUAGGCAGAGUGUUUAUAGAAAAAAAAAAAAAAAUAAAGACUUCUAUAGAAUACUUCAGGAGAGGGAAACUCCAGAACAUUCCUUCAUACUUACUGAAAUCAGCUGGUCUAACUGAAUUUAAAAUACAAGUUUAAGUCAUACAUUUGAAAUGCUAUAACUUAUCACCUUGUUGAUCAAGAGAGCUCUUGACCAUUUCUGACCACAGCGCUUUUCCAGAAAUUAUUUUGUUAGCUGUUACAGAAACAUUUCUGUGUAUUGAAAUAUAGGCUGAAACUGUUCUUUAUUGCCUUCUUAUCAUUGACAUUUAUGUCUUUGCAAGCUUUGUUUCACAACCUUUAACUACUGUAUUGCUUCCUUUGACAUGAUAAAGUACUGAAUAGCAGUAGAUAUAGCUGUUAACAGAACUCCAUUAGAAAGAAUAAAUAAAGAUUUGCAAUAACUGGUGGUACUUUUUUUUAGUUCCUUUUAGGCAGUUCUUAAUAUUUUCUUAAUUUGAGUGAAAUUUGUGUUAUGUAAUGUUACUCUAAUCUGUGCCAAUUUCUGAAUCUUUAUAAUAUUUCCCAGAGAGAUUUUAAGCAUGGUAGUACUUGGUAAAUGUUCAUAAAUUAUGAGAUUAAUGAUUUCAUAUAUAUUGAAAAGAUAUGCAAUUGCUUACUAAAUAUUUAUUGUCAUGAUUUGUAUCUAAUAUCUAGUGCAUCUAGAAGAGGAAAAACGAGCUGGUGACUAGAGAUAGAAAAUUAAUUGCAGUUAUGUUGCUUGUAGGGUUGUGCAAGUGAUGACUGGUGCAGAAUCUCAGGCAACAUUUUAAACUAUUCCAUUUGAAGCACCUUUGGAUUUAGUGCUGUAAAAAAGUGCAUUAAGAAUUUUUUUUUUUUUCAGCAGUAUUUUAAUCUGCACAAAAUGAAGCGUCAUACAUCUUCAUUUCUCUGUAUUGGAAUGUGAAGAGUUUUCUGUCUCUUCGAACCUCUUCCAUCUAUUAGUGUCAGAAUUUAAAUAAUUGCUUACUUCAAAUAAUGAAGAUGAUUUUGAUAUUGUUUUGCAAAAUUGUGUAUAAUAAUGUGGCUGAAGUAUUAAAUAAAUCACAUAAAUGAAGUGUUUGGAACAUUAUUAAAUCUAAUUCUAUUUUUAAUUUUGUUGCAAACAAUUUAAUAAUGUCUGUGCUCAAGAACAAAGUUGUGAAAACGUUUUACACCAUCAAAGUGACCACUUGAGAUGCUGAGUAGUUCUUAAUUUGUUGGUAAUACAAGCUACAUUUAUGCUCAUAUGUUAAACAUUGCCUGGGAAUGUUACCAAGAAUGUGGUUGUUUGCACUAGUAAUCUGUCAAAAUAUUUCCUUGCACAAGUUUAGCAUGUGCCAGCUACCGCUCUGCCAGACAGCUCUGGGAAUGUUUCCAAAGUUAAAAUGUUUCAGAAACUUUGGGCAGUUUUACAGGCAGACAGUCUGUCUUGGAGGCUGAGUUUAACAGUGUAUAUGUCAGACAGUUUGUGCCAGUUUGUCUUGGCGCUCAGCAGCGUACCUGGACAUGGUUAAUUUACUAGUGUAGACAAAGUCUUGCUGGUCUUUUGUUUUUACAUAUGCAACAUGAAACAGAUGACGGAACAGACAGCAACACAGUCAAGUCUAGGUAAGUUGCUUUAAUAAACUAAUUUAUGGCUUCU